UUGGUCUUCCUGAUGCUGACAGCGGAUGCUGAGGAUGAGAAGGGGAGUCUCGCGCACGGUGGACACUGGCCUCACUUCACAUGUGUGUGAAUGCAGGAGAGACGAGGGGCUGCUGGGAGGGUCUUUAAUGACCAGAGAUGUGCCACUUCACAAGUGAUUUCACAACUACAGAUCCAACACCUGGCUCUGGUUCCUGUGGACGCUUGUCCUCUCCAACUGACUGACAAACAUGGCAAAGAAAGACUAUCUACUAGAUGCAGCCCAACAGAUUCGAAUGGCACUGGACCGAGAAGUCAAUGAAGACUAUGAGGCGGCAUUCAGCUACUAUAAGAAUGGAGUCGAUCUGCUGCUCAAUGGAGUUCAAGUGGAUCCAAAUAAAGAGAGACGUGAAGCCGUGAAACGGAAGACCACUCAAUAUCUGAAGAGAGCCGAGGAGAUCUUCAUCUCUUACUUACAGGACAACAUUGCUAAAGGAUCCACUCAUUUAGGAGGUUAUAGUAGCUUGCGCUUUCGGUCGAUCAGACAUCUAAGUUCACCGGUGGAGGAUCUGGCGAUGUGCAAAGUCAUUGGAGUCAUUGAUAAGGUGCUGACGGUUGAAAGUCUGAUAAGCAAGGAGACAUUUAUUGUUAAGAGUCUACCGAAGUCGAGCUGGGAGAGUCGUGAGAGGUCGACCAUCAUUCCUCAGGGAGUGCCCUUCAUGGUGAAGCUGCUAAAAUACUAUGUCAGUGAAGACACUGUGUUCCUUCAUUUAGAACAUGUUCAAGGUGGUAGACUCUUUUCCAGACUUCACAGGGUCAGAAGUGAAGCAGUCAGGGAGCAUCCAGAAUGCUUUAGCCCCAACCAGCACAAGAUCUAUCUGAAGAAUAGCUACACCCUCCCUGCUCUCCGUCAGGAGAUUUACCUCAAUGAGCAUUAUGGGAGAACUAAACCUCUUGAGAGUCCAGGCAGCCCAACUAAACAAUGUCUUGAGAACUGUACAACUCACUCCUACUGUGAAGAUUCAGGACGCCAACAGGGGGGUUCUCUAGGUUUGUAUGCAACAAGGACAGAUAAUGAGCUUCCUUCUGUUGGUCUACCCAAUGGUCUCAAGUCUUUACCUCAGGAUAAUAUUCCUCUUCCCAUUCAUCCCUGUGUGAUUGUGGACACUCGAGAUCCUCUUGAUGUCACUUCCGACCUUCUAGGAAACGAUGUCCGCAUUGAGCGCAUUGACUCUUGCAUAGAUCUGAACAAAGCUUGGAAUGCUUUGGAACCUGCUCAGGACUGUCUGAGUUUCACUGUACCAGAAUCAAACUCAGAUAUUCUAGGAUUCAGCAUUGCAUCUCAGAUUACUUCAGCCUCUUUAUUUGGUGAAAAUGCGCAACCAACCCUUUGCAGCACGGUUGAUGUUCUUCCACAGAGAGUGCGGAUAGUUCCCAACACAUCACAUUUACCUCCACAAAACCAAGCAUGUGAUGGAUUUCCUCAUGAACAACGUGUCACUAACUGUAAACACAGUGGAAAUGAACAGAUUUCACAGUUCAUGGCUGAAUUGAGCAAAGUCAGUUCUCAUCACAAUCCAUUUGAAUGUACACCUCAAAAACAAGAAAGUAUCUCUUUAGACUUUACAAAGAUGACUUCUCGGGUAAACACUGUUGAAAUGGCGAGGGAGGUUGGGAAGGAGGACAUGGAGAACUGGCAGUUCUUCAACUCUUCAUCUAAACAACCACAAGUUGGCAUGAUCUCCUGUCCGUCAGCACCUACCCCAAACAGCUCCUGUUGGAGUGAGACUGAACUAGAGCAGCAGGUGAAGGUGGACGGCUUGGGCCAUCACCUCCAAAUUAAGUCCAAGAACUUCAGUGCCAAAUCGAAGUGGGGUAGAUGGGGACUCCCUGAGGAUGAGGUGCGACUGUGGGGGGCUCAGAUUCUGUUGGCCUUGGAAAGUCUUCAUGAGCAGGGCAUUGUGUGCCAGGACCUCAACCCACGAAAUAUUCUACUCUGCAAUAGUGGGGAGGCGUGUCUUACGUACUUUGGACUGUGGACAGAAGUUCAGCCCGAAAUUAACCCGAAAGCAAUGGAAGAGAUGUACUGUGCACCAGAAAUUGGAGGUGCGUCAAAAAUCACAGAGGCAUGUGAUUGGUGGAGUCUUGGAGCUUUACUAUAUGAGCUUCUUACUGGCACGCCAUUGUGGCAGUGCCACCCUACAGGCAUUCACCCUCAUUCUCCGCUCCAUAUCCCAGAAGUCCUCAGCACUGCAGCCGCCUCGCUUCUCACUGAGCUGCUCCAGUUUGAUGCGUGUUAUCGUCUGGGAUCAGGAGGCGGCGGCGUGAGCGACAUCAAGUGCCAUCCGUUCUUUAACUCCAUCCCGUGGCUCACACUCAGCAGUUCACUGACGCCGUAGUGCCUUCUGGAAGUAUUCAUUUUCCAUUUCAUUAUUCCGUUUGCUUCUGCCCGCUACACAUUCGGAGUCUGAAUUUCCCCUUUUUUAAUUUAAAAGAGUACAUUUAUGAAUGUUUUCCCCACUGAAAAUAUUUCACAAUGAGUAACAAUGUUGUGAAUCUUUAUUUAGCCAUAAUGCAUAAUAAUGCAUAAUCCAUAAUGUGCUAAUCUGAACAUGGACUAAGAGUUUCAGAUGUAAUGUUUUUUGAAAGUGCAUAUAUCAAGAUAUUCAUUUUCAGCAUCACUUGUGGGAGUGGAAACAACUCUAUAUUUUAAUUUGACGGGCAGAAACAAUGAAAGUGGGUGAACCUUUUGAGAAGCUCUGAAACAGAUCACCGUUAAAAAGUCCCAAAGACCUCUGGACAGGAGGAUUCAUGGUUCAUUGUUGUACUUUUACCACCAUCUGGUGGCAGCAGGAGUAAUUUCUCCACAUCAGCAAUUUUCUACACGCUUGCUGUGAAAUCAAGGACAAUUGUCUUCAAAUGUCUGGAAAAUGAAGUUCAGUGUCCCAGUUUUCACACACUUCCCACAGAAAUGGACCUGCAUGAUGCUGCAGAGAGCAGACGGGUCGACCGGUGCACAUUUGGGGCAUUAUUACUUUGCACAAAUGCAAUAUUACUGAACACCAUUCAGUCAUGUGUUCUGUCCUCUCCAUUUCUGAUUGAAUGUUUCUUAUGCAUUUGCAUUGAAUAA